GUGUGAUCAGUGAGAAACCGCUCUCUUCCCCCGGACACAUGGAAGAGGUCAUCCGCCGCCUAACGGAGCUCUCGGCCCGCCAGCAGCAGUUUACAGAGCGACUGGCCGCCCAGCAGGAAUAUACUGACCGGGUCGUGGAACAGCUGCAGGUCAGCGUGGCGGGGCGCCUGCCCCUCCCGGGAGCGCCGGUCAGAGCGCACCAAUACCUCGUCCGGUUGACCGAGAACGACGACAUCGAGGCUUACCUCCACACGUUUGAGGUCAUCGCGGCCCGGGAGGGGUGGGUCCAGGAAGAGUGGGCUCGCAUCAUCGCCCCCUUCCUCACCGGAGAAGCGCAGCGGGCCUAUUAUGCCCUGAGGGCACCCCGGAACGAACAGUAUGACGAGCUCAAAGCCGAAAUCCUAGCCCGGGUGGGCCUAUCGCCCAUGGGGGCGGCGCAACAGUUCUAUCAAUGGACCUAUGAUGAACGGCAGCCAGUGAGAGCGCAAGCCGCGCAACUGGCCCGGUUGACCCACCUGUGGCUUCUCGCGGGGUCUCCGACCCCGGACCAGGUGGCUGAGAAAGUACUCAUCGACCGGCUGCUACGGGCCCUGCCCCGCCCGCUGAGGCGCCCGGUCAGUAUGCGAAACCCCCAGGACGUCCACAGUCUGUGGAUGUCCCGGGCGAAGGACACAAACGCCCGGGUGACACGGUGGUUCCUCGCACUCCAGGACUUCUGCUUCCAAGUACAACAUCGGGCCGGGGCCGAUCACGGGAAUGCGGACGGUCUCUCCCGGGGCUGGUCCGGUUGGGCAGGUCUGGCAGCUCCUCAUCUCUUCAUCAGUCUCUCAUCCUCUCUGGACUCAUCUGAGGACUCUGCUGAACACUCCAGACUCUCUCUUCUAGUGACUAACUAUCACUGCAGGUAA